AUCCAGGGAUGUGACAGCCAUUUUACACGACGUGGGAUCCCUCAUAUGCCACAGCAACGUGUCGUGUGUUGUUAAGGAGGGUAAGCAGUUUACCAAAAAGGCUUUUGGAUUCUCACGUUUGUCCACGGAAGCCCUGCAGGCCCUAGUCAGUCAGCAGUAGGACCUCCAAAUGGCCUGUCAUAGCUCAUCCAGAUGUUGUUGUCCCACAGAAUUAUCAAGCUGUAUUGGACAUUUGUCAAAGUUAUAAAAACAGAAAUUUGUACAAUUAAUUUCUUUGCAAUUUACUGGCAGCACUGACAGCUGAAUUAUAAUCUAGUGAUCUGGAAAACAGAAUAGGACAAGUGGAUGAAUAUAUAAUUGAGAGACUUUUGAAGUCCACGGGAUAUAUCUUGCAUACAUUUUUAUUAAAAAUAAACAAAAAUGUGUUUUUACAAAUUCCGUAGUUAUUUAUUAUGGAAACAAUCACUUAUUAAUAAAAAAUGACUGGAUAUCACUAAAAUGUGAACUACAUAACUGUCCGGAUUUAAUAACAACCACCUUCUAAUGAGCUAAACAAUAAUAAAAUUAGCUGAUUCAGAAAUAGUUUUAAGUUGAGGUAGUCAUAACAGAUGUUUGUUUUUUGGCAAUAUAUCAAAUUUUAUAUGGAAAGUAACGAAUUGUGUCACUUUCAACUUUCAAGUUCCCCGUUCCAAAAACACCUCUCCAGGAAGUGUGUUAAUUCCAGAUCACAUGACCUGCUCCACAUGAUGUCAUUUCCUCCUGAAGAAAAGAGUGGCCAGACUCCAAGGCUUUCUGACUUAUUUAAUAUAAAGUAGUGUGUGAGUAAAGUGUCAACAGGUUUACUACAAUAUAUUUGUGAAUAGCUGUCAAUUUCAAUUUGACUCUAUUAUGUAUAUAAUAUUUUAGAAGAAUCUUUGUCUAAAAAUGCCAUGUGGUGUUUGAUUGUAGGCGGUCUUGUUGAUUUUAGUCGUGAAAACAGCAAAAAUGUCAACUAUGAUAUCUGUCAACUAUGUUACAAAAGUCCCGCAAUUAUAUAUUGACCCUAGUGUCAACAUGCAGCGGUGAAAAUAGUAUUCUAAGAUGCAGAUGAACCAGCAUUAUCACACUAAAAAUUGAAAGAUAUUCAUGUCUUUUCAUUAUAUGUUACAUAGUCUGCUGUGAGUUUACCAACAAACAGUGCAUGAGUUCAAUUUCAACAUACAAAUGGGUGACAAAUUACAGGAAAAACCUGAACCUUGACCCCUACAGUGAGGGGAUCUGGUGGCUCAAAUCAACACAAACUUGCCCUGAGUGAUCACCUUCAUCCUAUGAUUAAACACUUCUAUUCUGAGGGAGGUAGUCCAUUCCAGCAUGACAGUACCCCCAUCCAUUGGGCACAAGGGGUCACUGAAUGAUGAGUUUGAAAAUUGCCCAGAUCGUAUGCUAUGGGUUCACAGUCUCCAGAUCAACAACCCAACUAAACACCUACGGGAGAUUUUAGACCAACAUGUUGCACAUUGCUGUCCGCCACCAUCAUCAAAACACCAAAUGAGAAAAUAUCUCUUGGAAGAAUGGUGUUCCAUCCAUCCAGUAGAGUGCUGGACAUGUGUAGAAUCAACUUUGAACAGUUCCUGUUGUUUUUUUCCUUUAAUUUGUCACCUGUCUGUGUCUCCAGGUAUAUGUAUGAUAACUUAGAGUUAGACUUUUCAAAUUUGUUUUGCUUUAAAGUGCCUCUAAUCAGUAUUUUCAUAUCAGCAAAUGGUGAAAUGAUUGUGUAACGUGGAAGGAGCGACUACACAUUUACCAUCUGAUUCUGCAGUGUCAUCCCUUUGAGUGCCUUUCAACUCUUUGUUUGGCUUUUAAAACUGACCACCUUAUUUUAUUUUACUGUUCACACUCACCUGCUUUCAUCCAUUUUAUUGUAAGUAAACCCACACUACCAGCCCAGCACUGAAUGGCAGACAAAGUUCACCCUAAACACAAAAUUGUGUGUAUAUAUUUCGCAGUCAAGUCAUCAUUCUUUAUAAUACAUGAUUAAAAUAACUGGAGUUGAACCUAAAAUGCUUUCCAAUUGAGAUAUAAGAUUAACAUUAUAAAUUUACCUGUCCAGUUGAAAUGUUAAGAUGAAGACCUUACAAGGUGAUGAAAAGAAACCCAAUGGUUUCCUCUGGCGAGCACUUAAUGAGAGUAGAAAGGAAAAACUUCCUUUUCGCAGGAAAUGAUCUCCAGCAGAGUCAGGCUCAGGAAGGACAGCAAGAGAGAGAAAAGAUGAGCAAUUAAAACACAGAGCAAUAAACCCUGGGCAGGUUGGUGAGUUCAGAAAUGUUUAGCUCUGUGGCCAAAGAUAUCUUGGUCAAUCUAUAACUGGGGGACAUUUGAAGUCCAUGGGAUAGAUCUUCCAUAUAUCAAACUCCAAGGCUUUCUGAGGUAUUUAAUAUAAAGUAGUGUGUGAGUCAACAGGUUUACUGCAAUAUCUUUCUAAAUACAUUUCAAUUUCAAUUUUACUCAAUUGUAUAAAUAAUAUUUAGAAGAAUGUUUCUGUAAAAAUGUCAUGUGGUGUUUGGUUACAGGCGGCCAUGUUGAUUUUAGGCCUGAAAACAGCAAAAAUGUCAACUAUGACACAAAAAGUCCCACAAUUAUAUAUUGACCUAAUAACUUUUUGUAGAGGCAUAUAAAUGGAAGGACGGAGUGAAAAAUAGUGGUGACUUCCCAGCUUCUACAUUAAGCAGACACUGAGCAGUAUUUCUGUUAUUUAAAGUGUGUUUCAGUCUGCACUGUGAUGGUCUCUAAGAAAAAUCAGUAACCCAUAAAAAACAACAACAACUCCAAAUGUUUCCUUUGUUUUAGUGCAAAAAGGUACAUUCUGAAAAUGUUCACAUUGAAGGAAUUAUCUUUUACAAAACACCAUGAACAACCUGAAAUUUCUUAAGAAAAAUAAAUUAUUUAUAAUUAAAUUUAUUUGAAUAAUAUUUGAGACCAAAACUCCUCUCUCAGUUAUGGUAAAGAACUCAGUAACUUUGCGAAUGCUCUGCCUGCCCACAUCUAGCAAACUUUUUCUUGUCUGUAAUGAAAAAAGAUACCGCCACAGUGCACUCAGGAAUAAAACUUGAACAAAGAAAGUUUGCAUACUCGAGCAAAUACUCACAGUUACAAUUAAUCUGCCCAGAGAUCGCAUCCUGCCCGUGAGGAACAUGUCCUUUCUCCAAAUGGGAAAGUAAUUGCAGUCUUUGCCACCUAUACUCCCACAUAAUAGCACUUAGACACUGUAAUUUUGUUUUCACUCUUCCUCACAUCUCCAUCUGCAUAUGUUAAGUGUAGCAAUUACAGUGGGAAAUUGCUUCUAACUACAUGGGGUUUAUGGGAUGGACAGUUUCUUUUCUCGGUAGGAGCAGUGUUGAUACAGAUAUAUUGUUCUGUCUGUUGGAUUUUUUUUUUAAUUUAUAAGGUGUGUAAAGUGUUUGUACCUUUCAAACUUUAAAGGAAAACUUCUUACUGUUGAAUUUUAGUCAGUUCAAGGCAAUGGAGGGUCAAAUUUUCGUCAAUUAGUCCGUUUAUUUGCAUGAUCAUUCAUUGUAGCUUGUUUUUUUUAGUUUUAAUGAAUUUAACUUGCACAUGUCUUUGAUAGGAAUAUAAACAUUGAAACAUCCGUGUCCAUGUGCUUGUGAUGUGACACAUUUCAUAUGGGCUUCAGGACAUUUGCAGAGACAUUUGCUAAUCGCAUCUAUUGCUCAGUCUCAUCUUUCCUGUGCUAUACUUAUGCCUCCAAUUACAUUAAUCUUGAUAAAUUGCCUCAUCCAAAUUUUAACAGACACAAAUGCAUUCUACCAAAGUAAAAAAGAGGCUUUAGCUGUGUUUUUGUGGAAUUAAAGAGCUGUUGUUUCUGGAAAAGGACAUUUUCAAAUGUGCUGUGAACAUGUCACUGUGGUAUUAGAGAUGACAGGUCUGAAUAUUUUAUCAGAGUUGCUGCAGGUAAGAAAGAAAAUGUGUUUUUCCUGUGGUGAACUGAGUUGAUUGCAUAGAUCUGUGCUGAAGUUGCGCCUACACACACAUGUGAAUAUGUUUUCUCACCCCUCUUUAAUGCUCUUGUGACUGCUACCAUUCACUGAUUGCUGCCGCAGGACCUCCAGGCCUUUAGGACAUUCUCCUUUUUGCACCUCUAGUCUCUUUCUCUGGUUGGUUUCUCCACCCCUCUGUGACCUGGGGAUGAACGCACCAAUGAGGAGCCUCACAGGUAUGCCUGAUCGCAUGUUAUGUGCAGUGCUGGAGCAAUUUCAGCUUUACUUUUCCCUUUGAUCCACUCUCUGUAUAGCACGGCGAGCCCCAGCAUGCUGAAGAGGAAACAGAGCUCCCGGGUCGAGGCCCAGCCCAUGACCGACUUUGGGCCUGAUGAGACGCUCGCAGACAGCGCUGACAUCUUCUGGAUAAACAAACCAUGGGUGCACUCCCUCCUGAGAGCCUGUGCCAUCAUCAGCGUCAUCUCUGUGUGCAUGAACACGCCCAAGACGUUUGAGCAUUACCCUCCUCUGCAGUAUGUCACCUUCACGCUGGACACACUCCUCAUGUUCCUUUACACCGCCGAGAUGAUCGCCAAGAUGCACAUCAGAGGAAUCAUCAAGGGGGAUAACUCCUACGUGAAAGAUCGCUGGUGUAUGUUUGAUGGAUUCAUGGUGUUUUUCAUCUGGGUCUCACUGGUGCUGCAGGUGUUUGAAAUAGCGGAGCUCGUGGAUCAGAUGUCUCCGUGGGGAAUGCUGAGAAUCCCCCGAGCCCUUAUUAUGAUCCGGGCCUUCAGGAUCUACUUCCGCUUUGAGCUCCCCCGCUCCCGCAUCACCAACAUUCUGAAGCGAUCCGGGGAGCAGAUCUGGAGUGUGUCCAUCUUCCUGCUGUUUUUUCUCCUGCUCUAUGGAAUUCUGGGUGUCCAGAUGUUUGGCACAUUCAACCAUCACUGCGUUACAAAUGACACUCAAAAAGGUAAUGUGACAUGGAACAGCCUGGCCAUCCCAGACACCCACUGCUCACCUGAUGGAGAAGGCUACCAGUGUCCUCAUGGCUUCAAAUGCAUGGACCUGGAGGAGCUGGGCCUUAGCCGGCAGGAGCUCGGUUACAGUGGAUUCAAUGAACUCGGUACGAGCAUCUUUACCGUGUACGAGGCCGCGUCACAGGAGGGCUGGGUGUUCCUCAUGUACAGAGCCAUCGACAGUUUCCCUCGCUGGCGCUCCUACUUCUACUUUAUAACUCUCAUUUUCUUCUUGGCAUGGCUUGUCAAGAAUGUGUUUAUUGCUGUCAUCAUUGAGACAUUCGCAGAGAUCAGGGUGCAGUUUCAGCAGAUGUGGGGGUCGAGGAGCAGCACCACCUCUACGGCUACAACACAGAUGUUCCACGAAGACGCUGCUGGGGGAUGGCAGCUUGUAGCGGUGGACGUCAACAAACCACAUGGCAGAGCGCCUGCGUGCCUCCAGCAAUUGAUGCGAUCCUCUGUGUUCCACAUGUUUAUCCUGAGCAUGGUCGCUGUGGACGUCAUCGUCGCCGCUAGCAACUAUUAUAAAGGCGAGAACUACCGCCGACACUAUGAUGAGUUUUACCUUGCAGAGGUUGCCUUCACUGUGUUGUUCGACCUCGAGGCUCUUCUUAAAAUCUGGUGUCUCGGCUUCACCGGCUACAUCAGCUCGUCUUUGCACAAGUUCGAGUCCCUGCUGGUGGUGGGCACCACGCUGCACAUCUACCCCGACCUCUACCAUUCACAGUUCACCUACUUUCAGGUGCUCCGUGUGGUGCGCUUGAUUAAGAUUUCACCAGCUCUGGAGGACUUUGUCUAUAAGAUCUUUGGUCCAGGUAAAAAGCUAGGCAGCCUGGUGGUGUUCACAGCCAGCCUGCUCAUCGUCAUGUCGGCCAUCAGCUUGCAGAUGUUCUGCUUUGUGGAGGAGCUGGACCGUUUCACCACCUUCCCCAGGGCGUUCAUGUCCAUGUUCCAGAUCCUCACCCAGGAGGGCUGGGUAGAUGUCAUGGACCAGACUCUGGUGGCUGUAGGUCACAUGUGGGCUCCAGUGGUGGCCAUUUACUUCAUCCUCUACCAUCUGUUUGCCACUCUGAUUCUGCUCAGUCUUUUUGUGGCCGUUAUCUUGGACAAUCUGGAGUUGGAUGAAGACUUGAAGAAGCUUAAACAGCUCAAGCAAAGCGAAGCCAACGCUGACACCAAAGAGAAGCUCCCUCUACGACUCAGGAUCUUUGAAAAGUUCCCCAACAGACCUCAGAUGGUGAAGAUAUCCAAGCUCCCGUCUGAUUUCACUGUGCCCAGGAUCAGAGAGAGUUUUAUGAAGCAGUUCAUUGAUCGGCAGCAGCAGGAUACCAGCUGUUUGUUCCGGCGUCUCCCCUCAGCUUCAUCCUCCUCGUGCGACCACUCCAAGCGCUCGGCCAUCGAAGACAACAAGUAUAUUGACCAAAAGCUUCGCAGGUCAAUAUUUAGCAUCCGAGCUCGUAACCUCCUGGAAAAAGAAACUACAAUCAACAAAAUCCUACGGGCUUGUACUCGACAGCGUAUACUAAGUGGAUCCUUUGAAGGCCAGCCAGCCAAAGAGCGCUCCAUCCUCAGUGUCCAGCAUCACAUCCGGCAAGAACGCAGAUCUCUGCGACAUGGUUCCACCAGUCAGAGGAUCAGCCGAGGAAAGUCGCUGGAGACUCUCACUCAGGAUCAUUCCAGCACAGUACGCUACCGUAACGCCCAGAGAGAGGACAGCGAGAUUAAGAUGAUCCAAGAAAAGAAAGAGCAAGCUGAGAUGAAAAGAAAAGUUCAGGAGGAGGAACUGAGGGAGAACCAUCCUUACUUCGAUAAGCCGCUUUUCAUUGUGGGACGCGAGCACCGAUUCAGGAACUUCUGCAGGAUGAUUGUUCGAGCUCGCUUCAAUGCAUCCAAAACUGACCCAAUCACGGGAGCAGUGAAGAACACCAAAUACCACCAGCUGUAUGAUCUCCUGGGCUUGGUCACCUAUCUGGACUGGGUUAUGAUUGUAGUGACCAUCUGCUCCUGCAUCUCCAUGAUGUUUGAAUCACCCUUCACCAGGGUCAUGCACGCUCCCACUCUUCAGAUCGGGGAGUAUGUGUUUGUGAUCUUCAUGAGCAUCGAGCUGAACCUGAAGAUCAUGGCCGACGGUCUGUUCUUCACCCCUACUGCUGUCAUCAGAGACUUUGGAGGAGUUAUGGACAUCUUCAUCUAUCUUGUGAGUCUGAUCUUCCUGUGCUGGCUGCCUCCUGACGUCCCUCCUGAGUCUGGGGCUCAGCUGCUGAUGAUGCUGCGCUGCCUGCGUCCGCUCAGGAUCUUCAAGCUGGUACCCCAGAUGAGGAAGGUGGUGCGGGAGGUUCUCAAAGGAUUCAAGGAGAUUUUCCUGGUUUCUAUUCUGCUCCUCACGCUAAUGCUGGUGUUCGCAAGCUUUGGAGUUCAACUGUUUGCCGGAAAGCUUGCCAAGUGCAACGACCCCCAUAUCCUUAAACGGGAGGAAUGCUAUGGUAUAUUCCGAAUAAAUGUUAGCGUUUCCAAAAACCUCAACCUCAAGCUGAAGCCUGGAGAGAAGAAACCGGGUUUCUGGGUACCAAGAGUCUGGGCCAACCCACGGAAUUUUAACUUUGACAAUGUGGGAAAUGCCAUGUUGGCUCUUUUUGAAGUGCUGUCACUCAAAGGCUGGGUGGAGGUCCGAGAUGUCAUCAUUCACCGAGUCGGACCGAUUCACGGCAUUUACAUCCACGUCUUUGUGUUUCUGGGAUGCAUGAUCGGACUCACUCUGUUUGUGGGAGUUGUCAUUGCAAACUUCAACGAGAACAAGGGCACCGCUCUGCUCACAGUGGACCAGAGAAGAUGGGAGGAUCUGAAGAGUCGGCUGAAAAUAGCCCAACCUCUCCACCUACCACCUCGCCCGGAAAACGGAGGUUUCCGAGCCAAGAUGUAUGACAUAACUCAGCACCCCUUCUUCAAACGAGGCAUUGCUGUGCUGGUCUUGGCGCAAUCUGUCCUGUUGUCUGUCAAGUGGGACGUAGAUGAUCAAGUAACAUUCCCCCUCGCCACCAUGUCUGUGGUCUUCACCUUUAUAUUUGUGCUGGAGGUGACAAUGAAGCUGAUAGCCAUGUCUCCAGCCGGCUACUGGCAGAGCCGACGAAAUCGCUACGACCUGCUGGUCACCUCGCUGGGUGUCAUAUGGAUAGUUCUGCACUUUUCCUUACUGAAUGCAUAUACCUACAUGAUGGGCACGUGUGUGAUUGUCUUCAGGUUCUUCACAAUAUGUGGGAAACAUGUGACGCUGAAGAUGCUGCUGCUGACUGUAGUCGUGAGCAUGUACAAGAGCUUCUUCAUCAUCGUGGGGAUGUUUCUCCUCCUCCUCUGCUACGCGUUCGCCGGAGUUGUUCUUUUCGGAACCGUCAAAUAUGGAGAGAACAUCAACCGGCAUGCCAACUUCUCCACAGCGGGCAAGGCUAUCACUGUUCUCUUCCGUAUUGUCACGGGGGAAGAUUGGAAUAAAAUCAUGCAUGACUGCAUGGUCCAGCAUCCGUUCUGCACGCCGGAUAAACAUCGCUACUGGGAGACUGACUGUGGAAACUACGCUGGAGCUCUUAUCUACUUCUGCUCUUUCUAUGUCAUUAUCGCCUACAUCAUGCUCAACCUACUUGUAGCCAUUAUUGUGGAGAACUUCUCUCUGUUCUACUCCACCGAGGAGGACCAGCUGCUGAGCUAUAAUGACCUGAGGCACUUCCAAAUCAUCUGGAACAUGGUGGAUGACAAACGGGAGGGUGUAAUACCGACAUCCAGGUCGAAGUUUCUGCUCCGUCUGCUCAGAGGAAGGCUGGAGGUGGACCUGGACAAAGACAAGUUGCUGUUUAAACACAUGUGCUACGAGAUGGAGCGACUGCACAGUGGAGGAGAUGUGACUUUCCAUGAUGUGCUCAGCAUGCUGUCAUAUCGCUCAGUGGACAUUAGAAAGUCUCUCCAGCUGGAGGAGCUGUUGGCCAGGGAACAGCUGGAAUACACCAUUGAAGAAGAGGUUGCCAAACAGACCAUACGCAUGUGGCUCAAAAAGUGCCUCAAACGCAUCCGGGCGAAGCAGCAGCAGUCGUGCAGCAUCAUUCAUAGCCUGAGAGAGAGCCAGCAGCAGGAGCUGAGCCGCUUCCUCAACCCUCCCAGCAUCGAGACCACGGUGCCAAGUGAAGACCACAAUGCUAACAACGCAGACAACCCCUCACAGCCUGAGAUGAGUGAUCUCCAGCAGCUACUGAGCCCCACGUUGUCAGACAGAGGAGGGUACAGGCAGGACUCCUCAGACCUGGGGAGACCACAGAGGAAGCUGGGACAGUGGCGGCUGCCUGCAGGUCGCAAGUCCAUUGUAUAUAAGAUGAACCCCGUCAACGAUGAGGCUUCCUCGGGGUCGGAGGUGAAGAAGUGGUGGACCCGUCAGCUGACUGUGGAGAGCGACGAAAGCGGCGACGACCUCAUUGACAUUUAGAGAUGAGUUGUGGCGCGUCCUGCAGUUUUUUCUAGAUGAGCUGGGAAGCUUGCUGGUUGUCUCAAGUUGUUUCAUUUCCUCUAGCUCUGGCCUAAUGAAAACAGCUUUUCUCUGAUCUUAGUGUUAGGUUGCGUGUGAAGGCCAAAAAUGAGACAGCCUUUUUGGCAUGCAGUUAUAAUUUUAUACCUCUGGGACGGGUAUUACUUCUCCCACGUGUUCUUACUCAAUAUGAUGGCUGAGUUUUUUCUAUGCAGGCACAUGUGGUGUUAAAGCAGAUGAACUGAUGACUGAGGCCCUGGUGUAUUCAGAAAACAAACCAAGAAGCUGCUGCUGUCUGUGUUUUCUACUGUUUCAUGUCGAUAUUUAAAACUCGCUAGCUGCAAUAAUUUCUGAUGUCUUUUCAUGCUUUGUCUCUGUUCAUCUCUUUCGCUCAAUGUUUAAGAUAAUGUCUCGUGCGGUCUUCAAUAUUAAUCAUAUAAAUGUUGAUUUUCUUAUUGUCACUUUAUACAUAACCCAGGCCUCUUGUUCUUGUUGGUAGAACGAGCAACUUUAAGAAAAUUUCUAGAUUUAUGACUGAAUGUAAUUAAAAUGUAAUCUAUCUGUA